UCGCUCUCUCUCUUUUUGCCUGUCUGUCUCUCUAACUGUUAAAGUGUGUGUGUGUGUGUGUGUGUGUGUGUGUGUGUGUGGAUGAUGUUAUGAGCGGAUUUAAAAGACACCGAGGAGGAAAACAAAACUUUCUUUAAAAGAAGGAGAGAAGAAACGUCGCUCUGUGAGAAAAGUGCGGGUGUGUGUUGAGUGCUGAUGGAUUUGCGUGUUGGUGAGCGUGUGAUGCGACCGGGUUCAGACACACUGCUAUCACCGCUGCUGCUCAGUCCAUUUAACCCUCAACACUGUGCCCAGUAUAACCAACACAUCCGGUUAAACAUGCAGCAGCAUCUCCGAGACCAGGACCAGACAAAACAGCAGCUACAGAUGAUACGACACAAAGAUAAGAGUCAGCAGAGUGCAGUGGCCAGUUCAGUGGUGAAGAAAAAGUUGGCUGAAGUGAUUAGAAAUAAACAGAAACAAGCACUAGAGAGGACAAGCUCAAACCCACUCAGCAACACACCUGUGGCCUACAGAGAGUUGGCUCCAGAUCCUAACAUUCUUGUGCAGCCGCUCUUCUCAUCUCCUCCACAGACUCUCAGUGAUGGAGCAGAAGAUCCUCCACUACGGAGAGCAACCUCAGAGCCGAACCUGAAGAUGAAGCUAAAGAAACAUCUACAUACGCGGAAGAGUCCACUAACACGCAAGCAGAGCGCUCCACCAACCAUCAAACCCUACAGACCUGACACACUCGACUCGUCUCCCAGCAGCAGCAGUACUCCUGUAUCAGGUUGCAGUUCUCCUAAUGACACACUUCCCAGCGAGAACGGCAUGGUGCCUGCUGCCAGCCUGGCACAUGAGGCUCAGAGGUUAUGCUCUGAUGGUUCUUUAGCUCAUUUCUCUGUACCGACUUCUUCCACUCUUCCCACCAUCACACUGGGGCUACCAGCUCAUGCCAAGGUGGAGGGGGAAUUAAGUUCACUGAAGCUUGGCCGGGUUCCUCUGGUAUCAUCAGGUUCUCCUCUUUUGGUUCCUCUGGGUGUUGAGGAGCAAAACAUGGUGCAGCACGUCCUCAUCCUGGAACCCUCUGGACUUGUUCACACUCCACUUCUCACCGUUCCAGGUCUGGCUCCAGUUCCUUUGCAUGUCAGUGCUGCUCACAAACCACUCAGUCGCACGCGCUCCGAGCCACUGCCCCAGAGUCCCCGUGCCAUACACACACACCUGCUCCAACAGCAACACAACACACAGCUGCUGGAGAGACUAAAACAACAAACACACCUGGGCAAGCUCAUGUCGAAGUCGAGUGAGAAGCCACGUCUCUGUCAGAUUCCCUCAGAGGAGAUGGACUCUGAGGAGUUGGGGCCGUCAUUCAGCAAUGCUAAUAAGAGCAGGGCGGAGUCACAGAGGGAGGCGGAGACUCAGGAGGAGCAACUCAGCCUCCAGCAAACCCUCAUUCUAAACCAGUCACGUCUUUGGGAGACACAGAAACAGCUACAGCAGCUGCACAGACACACGGCCCAAAUGGCAUUACCCAUGAUGCUGGGUGGCAUGCACCGCCCACUCUCACGCACCCAGUCAUCACCAGCUUCCACCUCACACACGCUGCCCGACAAAACACUUCCCAUCUCCACAGCAACCGAGCCUAGUAUCAGCCAACCACGCUUUACUACAGGUCUGGUAUAUGACUCUCAGAUGUUAAAGCACCAGUGUACAUGUGGAGAUAACAGCUCUCACCCAGAGCAUGCUGGGAGAAUUCAGAGCAUCUGGUCUCGUCUGCAGGAGCGUGGACUUCGAACACAGUGUGAGAGUAUCCGUGGUCGUAAGGCAACACUUGAGGAGUUACAGUCGGUUCAUACGGAGCGUCAUGUGCUUUUGUAUGGCACAAACCCACUAAACCGCCUCAAACUGGACAACCGCAACCUCACCGGCAUUUUGUCCCAGAGGAUGUUCGUCAUGCUGCCAUGUGGAGGAGUGGGGGUUGACAAUGAUACCAUCUGGAAUGAGAUGCACACCUCCACAGCAUCACGCACAGCUGCAGGCAGUGUUACAGAACUUGCUUUCAGAGUGGCCAAAGGAGAGUUGAAGAACGGUUUUGCUGUCGUUAGACCACCAGGACACCAUGCUGACCCAUCAAACGCUAUGGGUUUUUGUUAUUUUAACUCAGUGGCGGUUGCAGUAAAACAGCUCCAGCAGAAGUUGAACAUUAAUAAAAUCCUCAUUGUUGAUUGGGAUGUUCACCAUGGAAACGGUACUCAGGAGAUCUUCUACUCCGACCCCACAGUGCUGUACAUCUCACUGCAUCGCUAUGACAACGGCAACUUCUUCCCUGGCAGUGGAGGGCCAGAGGAGGCGGGCUCUGGUGCAGGUGAAGGAUUUAAUGUGAAUGUGGCAUUUAGGGGCCUCGAUCCGCCGAUGGGUGACGCAGAAUAUCUCGCUGCAUUCAGGACGGUGGUGAUGCCCAUCGCUCAGGAUUUCUCCCCAGACAUGGUGCUUGUUUCAGCAGGGUUUGAUGCUGCAGAGGGACAUUCAGCUCCAUUAGGGGGAUACAGAGUCAGCGCCAAGUGUUUUGGGUUCCUGACCCAGCAGUUGAUGAAGUUAGCAGGAGGGCGUGUGGUUUUGGCCCUGGAGGGGGGCCACGACCUCACAGCCAUCUGUGAUGCGUCAGAGUCAUGUGUUAGUGCACUGUUGGGGAUAGAGGAUCCUUUAUCAGUGGAAGUGCUGAAUCAGAAACCCAACACUAAUGCUGUGCAGUCACUACAGAAAGUCCUGCACAUACAGAGUAAGUACUGGUCAUGUGUGAGAGAGAUGUUAGUGUCAGUGGGAUGGUCAUAUGUUGGAGCUCAGAAAGGAGACAGUGAGGAAAGUGCAGCAGUGAAAGCUCUCGCUUCGCUCUCAGUUGGAGCUCUAAACAAUGUUAAGAGAGCUGCUGAUGAGCCAAUGGAGGACCAGGAAUCCAUGUAACCUCAGCCCACAUAUAUUUUCUAAGUAACUGUCCUAUCAUAGUGCAGUUCCAUGUCACAUGACUGCGAAGGAGCUUCCACUCUCUCGCUGCAUUUUGACCAGCAGUGCCUUCAGUGGGAGGGGCUGUGAUAAAGUUACUUCCUGUUUACUUCUAUGCUACUUCUCCUGAGUGAGUUUAGCAGUGUGGCUAUGCUAACAGCACCCGACUGGGCCCUGUGGAUUCCAGAACUUUCUCCACGUCCACUUCAGGUGAAGGAUGAGUCUUAAUGAGUCCCAAAUGAUUUGUACUUUCUAUCUGAUUAGAUUUUUUUUACUUCAUCAUGCCUCUGAGAUGCAGGUUAUACAGAGGAAACACAACAAAUCCUCUUUUUACUGUGUAUUAUUGAACUGUUACCGUGGGAACAGAUUUUCCGAUCUCAGUGAUGUCACUUCCACCAACAUUAACCACUAAAGGAGAAAAAGGAGGAGCUGUUUAUUCCUCGCUCUCGUUUUGCACUGUGCAUUCCGUAAUGUGAACCGUGAUGUUUAUCUCCAAACUCUGGGAAAAGUUAUGUACAGUAAUGUUCAUUAUAAAGUCAAGUUCACACACACACACACACACACACACACACACACAGACACACACAGACACACACAGGCGAGUGUUGGAUUGACCACUGUAAUGACCAGUCACUGAUGGGACAGACAGGAAGCAGUGUCUCGUUCCUGUACACACCGUUAAAACAUUGUUAAACUCGCACAUGUUUACAUCCUGCUUGUACAUGAAGAAGUGGAACAGGAAGUGGAGGUGACUUUAUGUAAUAAGAGCUUGUGUCAUUUCCUGUUUCACAUGAAGCCUCAAUUUACAUUUUCUCACA